GUUCUGCUUUUGUGGCCUGUCUUCUGUUGUUCUCAGUCUCUUUUCCAACGUUCGCGCAACGACAUCGAUUAUCGAGAAAGUUUUUUGAUGCGCAAGGCGCCUUAACUUACCAUUAAGUUGAUUACAAUUAUAUAAAAAUGCUAAAAUAAUGUUUUGUCCACUCAAUUUUGCAGUUAUUAGAAGCUACCAUAUUAUUACGUAAACUACAUAUAACAAGCGCAGCCAGAGUUCGUUGUUGUUGUUGAUCUGCUGUGUGUGAGAUGCAGAUGUGUAAUAUGUUUUUGUUUUUGUUGCGACGCCAAAUUGCAUUUGCGGCUGAUAAGCCGCUCGAUCCUUAAGCUCGAUAUAUCGGAUACAAGAGCCGCAGUCACAGUGAAAAGAACUUCCUAACUGUUUUUUAAGUCUUAACCAAUUACUACAAAGAGAGACGCCUCCGCUCCGUGCGUUUACCAAUAAUGCAAAUUCAAUGUUUGCCAAUAUUUAAAGUAAUUUUCGUGCUCUCAACAAUUGUCGCAGUCACAGAUUGUUGUUCGAGCCGGAUUUUACUGUUGCGCCAGCAAACACUGCAAAUUGAAGAGCAUGUCGUCCAAUUGGUUAACCAAUUGGAACUACAGCAGCAACUCAAUAUCGAUGGACAACCCUCUGCAACGGAUGUAUUCGCCGAUACAGCACAAAUGCUACAAAUGUCAUCGGCUCUAAAUAUUGACGGCGAAUUGGCAACAAUUGCGACAACGGAGCGCGAUAGCAACAUAGGCGUAGAGCCUUGGUUCAAUGACGAGGAAACAACAACAACGACAACAACAAUAACAACGCCGACCACAACGACAAGGUCAACAGAAAUAUCAUCAACAACAAUUUCAGCAACUGUAAACACAAUGGCCACGGGCGAACCGCCGCCCGAUGACAGUACGCCGCAACUGGCAACGGACGCAGGCAUUUCUCAAGCUAACGAAGCUUUGCAAACAACGACGAUGGCAACGACAACGACUACAGCAACAGCAGCAGCAGCAACAAUAACAGCAGCAGCAGCAACAGCAGCAACAACACAAACAUUAUCAACAACAAUGACAACAACUAUGACAACAACUAACACAGAAGACUUAAGCUUUAAGUUGCCCUGCAGCAAUACCUAUAUGAAGUACUUUUGUCUUAACGGAGGGAAUUGCUUUCGAUGGGCAGAGAGUGAAAACGGCUUUAGUUACUGCGUGUGCGCCGUUGGCUUCGUAGGCGAACGUUGCGACUCAAAGACUGAAAACGGAGUAUAUGUACCAUUGCGUCCCACUACAGAGCCACAGUUGAAGACGGCGCGCAUUGUUUUCUCUUUCCCCAUGCUGAUGCUACUCUCCACCAUUUACGUUCUCUUUGGUGCGGUGUUUAUGCUGCGCAAUGUGUCCGCGCAGCGCCGAAAGCAACAACAGCUGCACUUGCACAAGCAGCGCUUUUUCGUUAGCUGUUAAGAGAGCAGUACAACGGCGGGGCUGCCAACUUGUUUUUCGCUCUUUCAAUUUUUUGCGGUUUGCUAAGAGAAACCAAAUGACGCUAUUUGAAUUUGGAAACGGAUUUUUGUUUCACAAUUUUGCUAUAAAUGCCAAUUGAAGCAUUUUCCUUUAUCUUCUACGAUUCUUUCUUUCCUUUACGUUGCGCAACGCUUAAUUUAUUUAAUUAC